CCGUUGUCGGUUGAGGACUUCCAAUGGUUGCCUCUUCCCUCCACCGGUUCUUUGCCAACACCGCAUUGCAACGCCCUGAUGGCACAUUUGCACGAAUACUUGCACGUUGCAGUACCACCUCCGUCGACGGACGACGGAGUAGCGGUUGUUGACCUUCGCAGUUAUCUCGCGAAGAUCGACCGGGAGCAUGAAACGCAACAGUACGUCGACAUCGACGCGCUGCUCCUCUACAUCCGCAUUCAGAUCGGAAAGGCGACCUGCAGUGCCUUGAUCGAUUGUGGAGCGACCCGCAACUACAUCAGCCAAGACUUUAUGGCACGCGCCGGGUUUGGCCCGCGCGUUCGAAGGAAAAGUCAACCUACACACGUCACGUUGGCCGAUGGUCACACGCAAAAGUCAAUCGACCGCUGCGUUGACUCCGUGUCCAUGUACUUUGCCCCACUAGCAUGCGAGGCCGCGUCAUUCGACAUUUUGGACACUAAGUUCGAUAUGAUCUUAGGCAUGUCGUGGCUGCAAAGCGAAGACUGUCCGGUAAACUUCUUCCUACGCACCAUUCAUGUUCGUCAUCGGCGUGGCGAACUAGUCCCGUGCUCGGUGCCGCUUCCUCAUCCUUCGAUUGGUUGUCACGUGUUCUUCGCGGCGAGCAUUCGCCAAUCCAUCAGCCGGCACGACAUCGAGGAGAUGAGCAUGUGUUUUCUUCACGCCUUCCCACCCGGUGAUCAGCCCAAGACGGACACAUUGGACCCACGCAUCAUUGAGCUUUUGGACAACUAUGAGGAUGUCUUUCAAGCUCCCGCCGGAGUAGUACCGGAUCGGCCCAUACGCCACGGGAUCACUCUCGAGAACGGCGCCGUACCUCCGCGCGGAUGCAUUUACCGCGUGAGCGAAAAGGAGCUUCAAGUGCUUCGGGCACAACUAGACGACCUCUUGGCCAAGGGCUGGAUUCGCCCUAGCUAUUCACCAUACGGUGUUCCCGUUCUCUUCGUCCGGAAGAAGAACAAGGACCUUCGUUUGUGUAUCGACUAUCGAAAACUUAACGCGCAAACGAUCAAGAACGCCGACCCUCUGCCGCGGAUCGAUGAUCUUCUCGAGCGACUAGGCGGCGCCAAGUACUCAAAGCUUGACCUCAAAUCCGACUAUCACCAGAUCGAGAUCCAGCCAAGAGAUCGGUACAAGACCUCGUUCAAGACGUGGUAUGGGCACUUUGAGUGGAUCGUCAUGCCUUUCGGCAUUCGUCCGCUCGCGGACAAAGUACAAGCCAUUCAAGAUUGGUCGGACCUCGCGUCUCCUACCGACGUCCGCUCCUUUCUCGGCUUAGCAUCAUACUACAUGCGCUUCGUCAAGAGCUUCCAACGGAUCGCUGCACCAUUGUCGCGACUUCAGUCCCCCUUCGUGCCCUUCGAGUUCAAUGACGAAGCCCGACAAACGUUCCAUACGCCGAAGAUGGCUUUGCUUCAAGCUCCCGUCUUAAGCAUUUAUGACCUGACCUUGCUAACCAAAGUGACUACGGAUGCUUCCGGCGACGGCAUUGGCGCGGUUUUGGAACAGCAUGACGGCACAGACUGGCAUCCGGUUGAGUACUUCAGCCAAAAGGUGCCGCCCAUCAAUUCCCUUGAUGAUGCAAGGAAGAAGGAACUGCUAGCUUUUGUCACCGUACUCAAGCGUUGGCGUCACUUCCUCCUCGGGCGUUGGCGAUUCACGUGGGCAACAGACAACAAUCCGUUGACUUAUUACAUGACGCAAGACACGGUGAGCAGCACGAUCGGUCGCUGGAUGUAUUUCAUUGACCAGUUCGACGCCACCUCCAAGCAUAUUCCGGGCCCCUCGAACAAGGCGGCGGAUGCUCUCUCGCGAAGACCUGAUCUUUGCGCCUUGGUGCGCUCCACAUUUGGCCUAGACGAGGACCUGCAACAACAUUUUAUAAAUGGCUACAAGUCGGAUCCGGGAUUCUCCACACUCUAUGCGGACUUAUCAUCGGAUCACCCGUCGACAAGCAAUUAUCGCAUCACCGAUGGCUACUUGCUCCUUCAUACGCGAGGCAAGGACUUGUUGUGUGUUCCCCAAGACCGCAUCUUGCGCACUCGCCUCCUUGGCGAAUACCACGAUUCGCGGCUGGCGGGACACCUUGGCGUCACACACACACUUGCACGACUCCGCCAACGUUUCCACUGACCGGAAAUCAUCAACGACGCCAACCGGUACAUUCAGUCAUGUGCAGUUUGCCACUGGAACAAAGGGCGCCAUCAGCU